AUGAAGACAGCGCUCUUGAUCGUGGAUAUGCAACAGUACUUCAGCGGCAUGGCAAAGAAGGCGACGCCAAAUAUAAAAGCCCUCCGCGAGUACUUUGGCGAGACCUCUCGGCCCACCAUCUAUACGCAGCACGGCCACCCGGACGAGGACUUUGUGCGUCCUUACCGGAACCAACUCGUGCGCCGCUGGGGCGUCGCGGGUUCCAUCCACAAAGGAAGCCCCGAAUGGGAGCUGAUCCCGUGGGUGAAGAAGUCCGUCGGGACCUCGGAGGUGGUGGCCAAGAACACGUACGACGCCUUCGUCAACACGGAUCUGGCCGCGCUGCUCGAGAAAAACGAGGUGGGGCGACUGGUGAUAUGCGGUGUCAUGACGGACUGCUGUUGCGAGACGACGGCCCGGAGCGCCUUCAAUAGGGGCUGGGAGACGUGGCUGGUGAGCGAUGCGUGUGCCAGUGUCGAUGAGGAGCAGCAUCAGCGGAGCCUGGAUGAUUUCGUGUUUGGCUACGGGCCUUUGUGGACCACUGAAGAGGCUAUCAAGGCGUUGAGAAGCGAGGGAAGUACAUAA